AUGAGAGUCCAAUCUAAAUCACCAACUGCAAUGGAGAACUCAUCUGAUGUUAUUAUAUUUACACUCCAUGGAUUAAAUGAGACACGAUCAAAUAAAUAUAUAUUUUUUGCCUUUACUCUUCUCUUUUACCUGUUGAUUACUUUCUUAAAUCUGACACUGAUUGCUACAGUCCUUCUGGAGAAAUCCCUCCAUGAGCCCAUGUACAUCUUCAUCUGUAACUUGAGUGUUAACGCACUCUAUGGAACUGCUGGAUUGUACCCUAAACUACUGGUUGACUUUCUUUCUGAUACUCAUAUGAUCUCCUAUACUGCAUGUAUCAUUCAAAUCUUUGUGAUUUACUCUUACGUUUACUGUGAGCUCACCAACUUAACAGUGAUGGCCUUUGACAGAUAUGUUGCGAUUUGCAGACCCUUGGAAUACCACGUUAUCAUGACUCCUCUAACUGUCACCAAGUGUCUAAUGAUUUCCUGGAUUUCCUCCCUCUUUGACUUGAUUAUUCUAAUUUUGCUUACUAUCAGACUCCCUUUAUGUGGAUCUCACAUUGAGAAGCUUUACUGUGAAAACUGGUCAGUUGUCAAGUUAUCUUGUGUGGAUACAACCAUAAACAAUGUGUAUGGAUAUACUCUAAUUAUUAAAUAUACUGUAAAAUUCUUUUUGAUUAUAUAUUCCUAUAUCUUCAUUAUCAGAGCCUGUUUAAAGUCUGUUGAAAGCAGAACUAAGUUUAUUCAGACUUGUUUGCCUCAUUUGAUUACAUUAAUCAGCUUUGGUGUCACUAUGCUCUUUGAUGCGAUGUACACUCGUUACGGCUCUAGAAACACACCACAGAGUCUUCGCAACAUCAUGGCUGUGGAGUUUCUAGUCAUCCCUCCUCUUCUAAAUCCCCUCAUAUAUGGUUUAAACAUGACUCGGAUUCGCAGGACAGUAUUCAGAUUGUGCAGUAGAAAAAUAAAGAUACUUCUGUGA